AUGAAGCUCUCAGCAAGCACAAUGCACAACGCACACUGGUUGCUGUAUGUUGGAGUCUUGAUGGUCCGAGUGGUCGAUGCCAACCAUAUACUGGAUGAAUGCUUGCAUUCUGAACGGGAUUACACCAUAAACGUAGUUCUGCUGGAGGACACCACGUAUGACUGGAGUCUGCUGUAUGUCAAGGCGGCCGUACGGCGAGCCAUUGAAACUGACAGGAAACUGAACAGCGCUGCAGGUUUAAACUUCACUUUGUCAGCAAACUACUAUGGGUUCAACACGACGCUGUAUGCACGGCGGGGGUGCGGGAGCAGCACCUGUGAGGGAGUGGAGAUACUUAAGAAGCUGAAUAAUCAAGGAGAACUGGGAUGUGUCAUGCUCGGACCCUCCUGCACAUAUGCCACUUUCCAGUUGGUGGAUGAGGAAAUCGGCCUAACCCUGAGCAUUCCCAUCAUCUCUGCCGGAAGCUUUGGUCUGUCCUGUGACUUCAAGACCAAACUGACUCGCCUCUUGCCUCCAGCCCGUAAGGUCUCUAACUUCUUCAUCCACUUCCUGGAGGAAGACUGCCAGUUUAAGAAACCCUGGAGGGAGGUCUACGUCUACAAGAAGACGAAUAACACAGAGGACUGCUUCUGGUAUAUCAAUGCCUUGGAGGCGGCCUCUGCCAACUUUGCCUCGUCAGUGACCAGAGAAAUGCUCCGCGGAGAGGAAGAGCUAAAGAACGGCCUCACCCAUCCAAAAAGACACAGCAACAUUUUCAUCCUGUGUGGGACCCCUGAUGACAUUGUUUCAUUAAAGAAGAAGACAGUCAUUCACCCGGACAUCCUAUUUAUACUAAUAGACAUCUACAACCCUGCGUAUUACGUCAACAAGACCUCUAGCCCUGGUAUGGAAGAUGUCCUGGUGGUCACGCUUCCGCAGAGAAACUAUGACUAUGGAUCAGACUUGCCUUACAAUGACACGAUAAAUGACUAUGUGGCAGGGUAUCACGACGGGGCCUUGUUGUUUGGCAAGGUGCUUCGAGAGAGGAUGCUGAGUGAGCAGCGUGGUCGGACAACCUCGACCGUGACAAAUGACAACCCAUUUGGAAAUGUCUCCUUCACCGGUAUGGGAGGUCAUUAUGAGCUUGAUGAGUUCGGGGACAGGGACGUUAACUUCUCUGUGAUCUACACAUCCAAAGCUACCGGUGAGUACAAAACCCUGUUCGUGUUCGACACGUCCAAGAAUGUAACCAUGGUGAUGGACGCCAGCCCUGCCCUGCACUGGGAAGGGGGCCACCUGCCGGGAGACCGGCCAGCUCAUCUCACCGGACUGAGUACACAGGACAUAGUUGUGAUAGUUCUGAGCGUCAGUGUGGUAGUGGUGACAGCCAUCGCCUUAAUCUUCUACAGACAGAACAGAAAAGAGCGUCUGAACCAAAAGAGGUGGUCUCAUAUCAACCCAGACGAGAUAGGACCUCUGGAUGAGAAGGAGAUCUCCCUAAAGAUUGAUGAGGAUAAGAGGAAGGACAGUACGUUCCAUAUCCAGCGGGGGCGCUAUGACAAAAAGCCUGUUAUCCUGAAAGCGUUGAAACAUUCAGAUGGGAACUUCAGCGAAGACCAGAGGAUUGAACUCAACACUCUCCUGCGUGUUGACUACUACAACCUGACCAAGUUUUAUGGUACAGUGAGGUACGAAUACGCAGUGUUUGGGGUGUUUGAGUUCUGCGAGAGAGGCUCCCUCCGGCAUGUCCUUAAUGAUAAGAUCUCCUACCCUGACGAAACUUUCAUGGACAUGGAAUUCAAGAUAUCAGUCAUGUAUGACAUAGCAAAGGGCAUGUCAUAUCUCCACUCGAGUAACAUUGAGACCCACGGGCGCCUCAAGUCCACCAACUGUGUGGUUGACAAUCGCAUGGUGGUCAAAAUCACAGACUUUGGCUGCCACGCCAUCCUCGACCCAAGCCGAGACGUGUGGACAGCCCCAGAGCACCUCCGUAAUCAAGGCACAUCUCAAAAAGGUGACGUCUACAGCUACGCCAUCAUUGCCCAUGAGAUCAUUCUGAGGCGUAGCCCUUUCUACACAGAGGCCUGCUCUGACCGCAAAGAGAUGAUACACAGAGUUCAGUAUCCCAGUGGGCAGGGUGUCUUCAGACCGGACCUCAACUUUGAGGGCGCAUCAGAAAGAGAGGUGGAGCUGUACAUGCUGAUAAGGAACUGCUGGGAUGAGGAUCCAGAACGGCGGCCAGAUUUUAAAAAGACAGAAGGAACUCUGGGUAAGAUUUUCAGUAAUCUGCACAACCAGGCCAGUGAGACGUACAUGGACAAUCUGAUUCGCCGUCUGCAGAUGUACUCCAGAAACCUGGAACAUCUGGUGGAGGAGAGGACAUCCCUAUAUAAAGCUGAGAGAGAUAGGGCUGAUCACCUCAACUUCAUGUUGUUACCUAGGCCGGUGGUGCGUUCACUGAAGGAGACGGGCAGAGUGGAGCCGGAGCUGUUCGAGGAGGUGACGGUGUAUUUCAGCGACAUCGUGGGUUUCACCACCCUCUGCCACUACAGCACACCCAUGGAGGUGGUCGACAUGCUGAACGACAUCUACAAAAACUUCGACAGCAUCCUCGACCAUCAUGAUGUCUACAAGGUUGAGACAAUAGGUGAUGCGUACAUGGUUGCAUCAGGUUUGCCCAAACGUAACGGGAACCGGCAUGCGGUGGACAUUGCCCACAUGGCCUUGGAUAUCCUGGCGUUUGUGGGGAACUUUCAGCUGCAGCAUCUGCCGGGAAUCCCUCUGUGGAUCCGUAUCGGGGUCCACUCAGGACCGUGUGCAGCAGGAGUUGUAGGGAACAAGAUGCCUCGAUACUGUCUUUUCGGAGAUACAGUCAACACGGCCUCACGAAUGGAGUCCACCGGCCUGCCUUUGAGAAUCCAUGUCAGCCAGUCCACCAUCAACAUCCUGCAGAGGACAGACUGCCAGUUCGAGUAUGAAGAGAGAGGCGAAACUUACUUGAAGGGUAAAGGCAAAGAGAUGACAUACUGGUUAACUGGGGUGACAGGAGCAAAAUAUAACUUGCCAAUGCCACCAACAGCUGAGAAUUUCCAGCGGCUGCAGCAGGACCUGGCAGAGAUGAUUGUGGUGAGUCUGGAGAAACGCGGGACCAGGAGGGAAAGCUUUGAGAAGAGGAAGACCUUGUCCACCAGAGUCCGUCGGAGAGAGACCAACAGCAGUCUGCAGGGGGACGGCCAGCCGGAGUACUUCCAUCUUGCAGUAACUGAUGACCCAAGUACCUUCUUAUGAUCACUCUCAUCUAGCACAGAGGUUGGAGAAGUGCCUGGUGUGUACAAUAUUGCUACAGAUGUCGCCGCGAGAGAAGUUUUACCCUGCCUGGCGGUUUAAUCCACAUCUGUAUAUGAGGUUUUAUCCACAUAUUUCAUCUAAAGGGGUGGAGGAACAGUGUGGAAGAAAUAUGGCAGUCAUGUAAAAUGCACCACCUCUGUGAUGACUACCUCUCAUUAUCUGCAUCUGCUUGCAUCCUAGUUGUCCACAUUUCCCCAUAAAUCAAUAGUUACACACCUUGUGGUCUAAAUGACAUAGUUUGCACUUGAAAGCAUUCCCCUUCAGGAGGAAACACCUUCCUCCUGAAGAAACACCUUCCUCCUGAAGGUGGAACACCUUCACUGACUACCUAGAACAGACUUUUGCUUUACAGAUAAAUGUUGCAGUAUUCACUAAAACCCCGUCGACAUGAAGAUUUAAUCUUUUUGUUUUCUUACCACAGCAAAUGAAUAAAACACAAUGACGCCACAUCCUUGCAUGUAAUGGGAAGAGUUUUCAACAGGAAACUACCGUGGAGCUAGCUGUUGUUUUAAAUCGUUAUGCUUAAUGCACACAAAAUGCUGAUUUUAGCAGUUUUGAGGUGCACUUACUCAGAAGACUUUUACUGCAUUAGCCCUGUCUGCUGCAUUCCUAUCUAUUCUUAUCUUUUCCUCCCUAAGCCAAAUGGUUGAUUUUUAUCAGUUUUUUACAAUUUUAUGUUUUUUUAUUGUCUUCAAACAUGAUAAUUAUGGUGGGUGAUUUCAACUUCAAUGUUAAUGACUCCUCUAAAGUUUUGGAAUUUUUCCAAAAUAAUAUAAUAAUUUAGUUCGAUGCAACAUGAUUAAGGCCGUACCCAUAUCUGUUCCCACAUGUGUUUGUGCCAUGUAUUAAACCUCCUUGAUUAGAGGCUGGAGUAACUAAGAUAGGAAGUGUAUGUAAUUAACUACCUGGUAGAAUAGAAAACCCAGGAGUAUUGGUGGUACCCGAGGAUAGGGUUGAGAGCCAUUGCCAUGGAUCACUUCAUCAUGACUGAUAGGCUUAGACCGCGGACAGGUAUCACUGUAUCUGCAUUUGAUUGGUUCUCUUCCUAUUGGCUUAUUGGGAAUUUUACGGUUUCUUUUGGCAGCCAUGUCUCCCCGUGUGCUCCCUUAGCCUGUGGGGUGCCCCAGGGGUCCAUUCUUGGGACCAUAUUAUUUUUCUUUUAUAUGCAUCCACUGGGGUCCAUUCUUGGGACCAUACUAUUUUUCUUUUAUAUGCAUCCAUAUGCUAUCAGUAGCUUUGGCUGUAUAUUUUUUUUCAUUGUUCUGCUGAUGUUACACAACUUUACAUGUCUGUUUAAACUAAUGACUUGUAAAUUCACCUUUUGAGUGUCUGGCUGCCAUAAAAAAAACUGAAUGGCUCACAACUUGCUUGAGUGAAACUCAGAACUGAGGUUUUAGUUAAAGGCAGAGGUGGGGGAAUGAGUUCAAACAAAUCUCAAAAGUGUAUUUGCUCUACCCAUUUACUAAGCCAGCUGAUUUUGUUAACUGUUUCCUAUGCCAAACUGAAGAGUGAUGUUGAUUAGAAUCAGUGGGUUUAUGCGGUUCGGACCUUUGACCUGUUUGACCUGGUUCUCCCACCUCUGGUUUAAUGUGCUGAUCAUAAAGCAGAGUUGAUCAGUCAAGGUCUCACCCCUUGGGCCACCCUUAUAUUAAUAUAAGAGCAAUGAAAAUUGUGUGAUAUUCUGGACCCUCAUUUUAAUUUGGACUGUCUUGUCAAAUUAUUAGUCUAGUCCUGAUUUGUCAAAGUAAUGUUUUCAAAAUAUGCUCCUUUGUGUCCCUUUGAGAUCUAGAAUAAUGUAUCCACACUUUUGUUGCUUUCAGCCUGGUUUAUUUUAAUCAUCUUGUUUCACCUGUCUCACCAAAGCCACUAUCAAUUGGCUUCAACUAGUCCAAAAUGCAGCUGCAAGGUUCUUGACGUGGACAUGAUGUAGGUCCUCCAUCAGUCCUGUACUGUCUUUUCUGCAUUAGCAUAAUGAGGCUAAACACGAUCAUAUACCUAUUUACAUCUGUGACUUUUUUGCCCCUCUAAAUUCUACAAGGUCACUUAGGUCCUCUAAAAUCAAGGGCCAUACUGUAGAUACAUUUUGGCCAUACUGUACCUCAUUCUAAGCUUAAAUCUAGAUGGGUCCGCACAUUUACUGUUGUGGCUCCCAAACUCUGGAAGACUUCCCCCUGACAUAAAGAACGUUGCAGAUUUUUUGUGUGUCUUAAAACCCAUCUUUGUACCUUGUCAUUUCAUUGAAGUUUUUCUGUUCAUGCUUUUAUUAGGUAGAAGUUGUAUUUUAUUAUAUUGUUAUUAUGUUUAUUGUCUUUGUGAAGCACCUUGUAACUUUAGUUUUGAAGGUGCCAUAUAAAUACAGAUUUACUUAAAUUACUUAAUCACAUAGAUACCUUCUUUAUGCUUCCUACAAACAUCUUACAAAAGGGAACAUACAGUAUAUUUUGGUACGAGAGUGUCCCCUGGUGUUAUGUGGAUGACCCACAUGAUGAAUUUACCUCUAAGUGCAACCUACUAACUAUUGGUGGCGUAAUGUUGAAAAUGACAUGUAGAAUAUUCUAUAUUCUGACUUAAACAUUGUUAUGUUUAUUUUUUCAUAGAUGUUCAUUUCAAAAUGCUUAUUGUUUGAGAAAAUGUGUCAAAAUUAUUUAGUGUGAAUAGCUGUGUCUACUGUAAUAGGCAGAUCUAAAUGCUUUUCAAUUAAA